AGGCACACUGCUAUUGUUAUCCAUGGAAAGGAGUUCUUCUUUAUGGGAGAAGGCAUCAGCAACUGUCCACCUGGUGGCACCCCCUUGGGUCAGCCUGACUCCAUAGUGGACCUAGGCUCCACGGAGGUGCCUGAAGACAUAUUUAUGGAAUACCUGAUUUCACUGGCAGAAUCAACUUACAGAGGUGACAAGUACAACUUGUUUGAGCACAACUGCAACAAUUUCAGCAACGAGGUGGCUCAGUUCCUCACGGGCAAAAAGAUCCCAUCGUACAUUACAGACCUUCCAUCUGAUGUGCUGUCCACGUGA